GGUCUUUGGCAAACCUCAGCCCGUUUCCAAACCCUCUGUGGCUGCCAGGGGCGGUCGGUGCAAAGGUUUAAUGAUUUGCUUUUCCUUGGGCGUGAGGCGGGGAUAAGGAGAAGGUUGGGCCCCAUCGCCUGACGCUGCAAAUCUUGCCCACUUUUGUUGUCUAGUCCAUCUCCCACCCCCCCUCCUUUCUCCCCUGUCUCCCACACAAGCUCCCAGAGCCCACCAUGAAUCCGGUUUCGGGAUACGUUUGCCUGCUUUGCUUUUCCUUCCUGAGCACAGCAAAAGGGAAUUUGCAGCUACUUUCUUUCCAGCCCAGGACCCUGUACCAGUACCGCUAUUCCCUGGAUGUCCAGUUGGACUACACAUCCACACCAUCCCCACAGGGAGCCUGGCUGGGGGCUGAGGGGUUGGUCCAGCUGCAGCAGCUCUGGAAGGACCAAGGUGGGGAAGAGCUACUCCAGGUGCAGAUCCGUGAUCUGAAAGCCCAACAACAGCCAGAAGACAGGAGCAGUCCACCAGCAGAGAUUGCACUGAGCCAGAAGACACAGGCAGAGCUCCAGCAGCCGGUGUUCAUCUCCUGGAGCAGUGGGAAGGUCAAAGCCUUCUACGGGGAUGAAACAGAAAGCAUCCUGAUCUCAAACCUGAAGCGAGGCAUCAUCAGUCUUCUCCAGCUCCAGCCCCAUGCCGGCACCGCGGUGGAGGAGGACAUCUCCGGGAGCUGCCAAGUCACAUACACCAUGUCCAACCAUUCCAUCAUGAAGGUGAAAGAUCUUCUCAGCUGCACAAAGCCAAACUCCAGAUUCACCUCCGUAAACAAAAUUUUUGGGGUCCAGUGGCAGCCCACCAGCAGAAGCCGGUAUGUGGUGAAAGACAAUCUCCUCCAGUCGGUGCUGGCAGAGGAAAGCCACGUGGUGUCUCCAGCCCUGAGGUCCACCACCAGCAUCAAAAUCAGUUCAAGGCAGCAGCUCCAGCUGGUGUCUCCUCCAAUGCCCACCCCGGCUGAGGUGGCUGGAAAAAGCCUUGAGGACGUGCUGGCAGGAACAGAGAGAAAGCACCAGCCCCUGGGCAUGGCCAGCCUGCCCUUCAGGAGGAUCUGCACCCAUUGCCCAUCGCUGAGAGCCUACCUGAAGGCUUUUGACAGCCAGAAGGUCAAAGUGGACACCUCCAAGGCGGCAACCAUGUGGCAGUUCCAGAGGUUCAUCCAGAUGCUCCGCAGUGCCAAGAAAAGAGACGUUCUGCAGCUGCUGAGGAGAGCACCCGAGGAGAUGCUCCCUUUUGUCGUGGAGGCAGCGGUGGCCGCACAGUCAGUGGCAUCCUUGGCAGCUCUCUCAGACUUUCUGGAUUUUGGCAAGGAACCCAAGUCCCUGCUGGAGAAGUUUCUCUACGCAGCAGCUUUCUCUCCCCGGCCUUCAGGAGAGCUUCUCCACCUGGUGUUAGACAAGCUGGAUGGGAAGCAGCUGGCCCCUGAAGUCUGGGAGACAGGGAUAGUUGCCGUGGGCUCUCUGGUGGGCAAGCUGUGCCAGCAGAAGCUGUGUGGGCUGCAGGAGGUGGAGCGUGGGGUGGAAACCAUCCUUGGGGGGCUCAGAGAGGCCAAGGAGGAGUCCGAGAUGGUCAUUUACCUGCUGGCCCUGGGGAACGCAGUGCUCCCCGAAACCAUCCCCACCAUCCUGGACUAUGCUGAGGAGGGUCCUGCCACCGUUGCCACCGUGGCCAUUUCUGCCCUGCGGCGAUUCCCUGCUCAGCACAUCUCCGACAAGGUGAAGCGAGCCAUGAGGAGGAUUUUCCACGAGAAGAGGAAGAGCUAUGAAAAAACCUGUCGCUUGGCUGCUGCAGAAGUGCUCCUAGAUAACGAGCCCUCACCCAUGGAUGUCAUCAACAUCCUGCUGGCCACCAAGGAGCUGGAGACAGAGACGGCCACGUUUCUGCUGCUGAAGGUCCAGAACAGCCUUCAUGCUGACCACCACCCCGCAAGGAAGAUACUGAAAGACAUCAUGAGAGACCCACGGAUAAAUAAUUACAACUUCUUCUCGAAAGCCGGCAUCUCCUCUUCUUUCUCAGGACCUCUGACAGUCACCCAGGACCUGCUUUCCACCUUCGGGCUGGACCUGCUGUUUUUGGAGGGUGGAUUCCUGAGGAAGAGCGUCUCUGACUUCUCGCUGCUCAGUCAGGGCCAGCAGCUUCGUGCUGUUCAGGUCACUAUUGAAGCACAAGGGAUGGAGUCCAUGCUGGGAGAAAACGUCUUGGAAGGGGAAGAGGAGCCAGAGCUCAUGGCCGGGAUGUCUGCUGUCUUCUUCGAUGUUCAGUUGCGGCCGAUCGUCUUCUUCCAGGGAUACACAGACUUAAUGGCCAAGGUCCUGUUAAGCAGUGGAGAACCCACAAGUGUGGUCAAAGGGAACUUCCUGUUGAUGGACCAUCACCAGGUCAUUCCUCUGCAGUCUGGCCUCCAAGUGGCCUUCAAACUCCAGGGUGGGCUGGGCCUUGACAUUUCAGCCAACAUGGACGUGAGCGUUUGGGAGCAGGAGCUGAAAACCAGCAUCAAUACGAGGGGAAGCCUCACCAUUGAUUUCCAGGCAGAACUAGAUGCCCCUUUCCUCCAAGCCACCCUGAGAAGCCAGAUGGAGGCGGAGGCCUCAAUCCACUUUGACACCAUGCUGAGGUUUUCUGGCAGCCCAGUGCUCAUGUGCCUGCAGCUGAGAGAGGAGCAGGUCCCAUACAGAGAAAUUUUCACAGUUUCCAAGUCUGCUGGGAGCCAGAGCAGCACCACUCGAAAAGGCAGGCAGGGCACCAUGCCCGGGCGGGAGUUUGCCUUGCACAGGGCCAACUCCAAGGUCUGCAGCCUCCUGCUGACGGCAGAAGAAUAGGGGAGUCAGAACACUUUGGGACUGGACAGUCACCCCCUCUCCUGCCACACACCCCUGUUCUCUGCGAACCCAACCUGAACGGUCAAAGUCUCUGCCCAGUUCCUCCAUAACCGUCUUUUAAUAAGGAAAAAAUGCUGCAACAAGGGCAUCAGAAGAGACCACAAGAGGAACUGCUGCAGGACAGCCCAGAGGCACCCCUUGCUUGGGGCUGGAGAAGCCAAGUCUGCCCUCCCAACCCCAAAGGCUGAGAUUUGCCCUGCCUGAACUCUUCCCCUUGGUGGGGAAGGGCUUGCUGGAAGCCAAAUCUGGUCCUUGUGGAAAAACAGCCAUCUUUUGCAAGUGAAUGAGCUCCUCAGAGCCCAAGAAACCCUUCUGCAAGCCUAUACCCAAAAAUGCCGUGUUUUCUCCCCAUUUAUCAAAGCAGUCAGGAAGGAGCACAUCUGUUUCCAGCAGGGAGGAGGUUCCCC